AAUUUACAUCAAGCGAAAGAACAAGAAGAAAGGACAGCUUUAAAUUUACAAGAUUCAUUUUUUGAAACUUUAUUCAAGGAUACCGUGUUAUUUCAUGGUACUCAACCAGAUAGUGUAACUUCGAUAUUAGAUCACGGUUUAGAUGGUCGAUUCUCAAAUUCGUACGAUAAUUGUGGUCCCGCGAUCUACUUAUCUCCGAGUUUUGAAAAAUGUGAUCUUUUCGCGAGUCGACAUAACCCUUCUCAAAGGUCUUUGGUGGUUUGUGUACCUUGUGUUAAACAUUUUGUUUCUGUCGCUGAUGAAUAUGUUGUAUACGAUAAUUCACAAGUGUUACCAAUAUUAGCUAUUACUUAUGAAAAAAUUGUUCACCAAAAUACCAUAAAUCCUUUCAUAUUACCACCUUUUCAGGUGGUUUCUCCAUUUGUUAAUCAAGGUAUUAGAAAUAAUCAACCUAUUGGAUUCAGUAAUUCUACCUACAAUUUUG